CAAUUUUAAGAAAAUGUUGAAUAGUAUGCGCUCGAAACGUUUAAAUGGCCUGCAUUUGACCGGUUGCAAUGCAGGACCCAUGGCUAGACUACCACCCAAAUACUCUGAUGAAGAUUGGGAUUUCAAUAAUAAGGUUAAGCUACGCAUCACCUGUGACCAGGAACGUUUGGCGGAGCGCAUCAUGGAAGAAUCUCGUCGUGUCAUGGACGAUGUCAAUGACACCACCCGCAAUUGGCAACGUGAAGUGGAACAUCAGAUGCGUGAGCGCGCCAGUGAAAUACGUUUCCUCUGUGACGAGUUGAAUAAACAGAAAAAGACGGCUCUACUGGAGGAUGAAGCCCUGAAUACGUAUCGCAUGCGUAUUCUAAAUGCCAUUGGAUUUCUAAAAGAGAAAUCCUUGGCCAUUUGUCAACGCUGUUUAGUAUUGCGUGAAGGACGUUUAGGGGUCGACCUCUGUGAAGACGAGGUAGAUCGUUCUUUGCGUUGCGAGCUCAAAGUUAUCAAAGGAUGUCAGUGUCUAAUGGACAAGGUAUUGAAGGAGACGAAUGAACAAUUGCGUAGGUUGCGUGCCACAAUGUAUUCGCUGGAUAAAGAUCUGUCGCAAAAGGACAAGUCGCUAAUGAUUGACGAAAAGAAUUUGACAUUGCGUGGAAGUCAACGGGAAAUGGGAGCUACUGAUUUAGCUCACCAUCAUUGUCAAUAUUCCCUUAGCGAAUGGCAACAUACAACCUAUAAGAACUUGGAGACGAAUGCUCGAGAACUGAACUCCGCCGCUCAAUUGCGUGCCUACGUCGAUUUGUUGCUGAAGCAGGUCUGUGAAGAUAUGCAGAAUCAAACGGAUCGUACAAAUGAAGCUUUUGCUCGUCGUAUUGCCGAACAGAGACAUGUUAAGGCAUGCUUGGAGAAUAAGCAUAACGACACAAUGAAUCAUAUUCACGAAGUACAGCAGAAUCUUCAGCUACUCGAAAAGGAGAUAUGCGAUAAAAAUCGUGCUCAACAAUUGUGUCUAACACGUUUGGGUAAUCGUGCCACACGACCUGGCGUUGAGUUGACAUGUGACGAGGUACAAGAUGCUCUCUAUCAUGAACUGGAAGCUCUGAAAGCAUCGUUGUGUAAAUUAAAUACCAAAGUGCAGGAGAAUAAGGCAUCGUUACGUUAUUUGAUGCAUGUCCAGGUUAUGCAGGAAGAGGAAAUCAAUAUCAAGGCAAAUUCGAUCAAAAUUGAUGAAGUCGAUUGCAUGACAAUACGCCAGGCUUUGAAAUAUCAAUCAUUCUAAAGAA